AUGAAUCAGCGGUUAGUGUCAAUUGGCGUUUCGGAAAGAAGCCUGGUUUUAUUCGACGGAAAAAAUGUUUUCAAAGAGCUGCUCGCGUCAGAAUCAUUUUUCGAUGGUCGUCAAACAUUGCUGAAAACGGUAUCUAAACUGCAUGACAUUUUUACGAUUUCCCGAGCGCAGGCAACGAUUAACGAUGGUCUCACUCCACAAGAAAUAUCUGCGAUCUCUGAAAAAUAUUUGGACGUUCUGAAAGCUGCUGCAAUUGAAGGUGAAUCAAAGAUUCUGUGGCACGAAUUCACCGCCUGGAGCCUUUUUCACUUUCUGUAUUUCACGCAUUCUGAUAAUAAGCUGGUUUUCGAUUUGAUAACUUGGGCGUCCACAUCAUUUAGCACCGCUGAGCUGCUGUUUUACAAUUUUCAAGCGAACUACGAGACAAACAACAAAAUAACGGAUUCGGAAGACUAUUGGAAAACAGUUGUCUAUCAAAUUUUGUCGUUUCGUUAUGAUCGAUGCGCUAGCCUUCUAGCAAUUUGUGAUUCUCAAGAUCAAGCAACGGAUGUUAUGGUCGAUACACUUCAUAGAAUGGAUGUUGAAUGGCUCAUUGAGAAGAAUGAUAUUUCGGCUUUAAAGUCCUGGCAACGAGGUCUUGGUGAAAAGCUUGCAUCUGGCGUAUUCGAUCAAAAUCUAAAUAUUCGUUUCUUGGCGGGAUUAUUGACUGGGGAUAAAGAAGUUUUUAAUCGGCUCUGCAAUGUGAUUGUUGAUGAGUGGUAUCAUGUACUUCCAUUGUACUUGGCGAAUUGGCACCCCUCUUCAGAUUUAUUGCAGCUACCAAAUCUUGUAAAGAAGUGCAGACAAAUAUUCAACGAUGAAAUGCUGAAGGUCGAUGUUUUUUUCCAGAUUGUCAUAAUGGAUCCAUUGGCGGUCGUCCAGGAGUUAUUCGAAUCACAACAUUUGGCUGUUCAUCUCGCGGACUUAUUAUUUUACGCUGUGAAAAACACUCAAACAAAGGAGCACAAUGAACAGUUGCUAAAUUUAAAUGAAGUUAGAACAUACCUCGUAGCAGAUUAUGGCAAUACAUUGAUGACAAAAACUAGUCUAUGGCGUCUCGGAGCUGAUUAUCUGAAUGUCCUUGGAGGCUUGGGGAAAAAGUAUGUCGAAAGAAACAUUUUAUCGAUUACAAUCUAUGGAGAACGCGAGGCUCAAGAAGUAUUUCGGUUUACGAAAGCAUCUGAAAUGAAAGAAGCUACAGUAAUGAUUGCUAAUACGAUGUUUAAUAGAUAUCUACGACGAGAAAAUUGGGGACAAGCCUUGUCUUGGAGUCUUCGUGAGGAGAAUUCGUCAAAAAACAUCGACACAUUUUGCAAUACGCUUUUUUUAAAGGCAACGGGAGAUGAAAUUGCAAAUUUACACCUCCUUGAGAAUUUGGGAGACAAACUAUUGAUUUCGCCUGGCUUGUUAUUGCUACACACGUACUACCAGUUCUGCAAAUGUUUGGCCGAUGGUUUUAUUGAAGAUGCACUGAAGCUAUUGAUUGUUCUGAUGAAAUUUUCCGUUAUUCCUACUGGUUUCUAUGAGCGAUUGAUUCAACAUUUAAUUGAAAUCUUUGAAGUCCAACACGAGCUGAAGAUCGCAAAAGAUGACAUCGUCGAAGUGAUGUCGCUGAUUAAUCGCUAUGAUUUUACACACCGGGCGGAUCUGGCACACCAAGAAAUUGUAGAGACAAUGAGCGAGAACACAAUGCUUACUCGAGGAUUGCCAAAGCUUCUUGGGCUGCGCGCCCUUGAGAAACGAUUUGUUGGGACCUAUUGUAUCGAUCCACGUCUGGGUCUAUCACCUGAGUUAAAAGACAUACAAAGUGUGGCCCGAGAUUUCGCCCUAAAGGAAAUGUAUCCUAAUAUGCAAACUUGGGAUGAAAAAGAGGAGAUGCCUCUUGAUUGUUUGAGAAAAGCUGGCGAACUCGGAUUUGGAGCCAUAUAUUGUAAAGAGGACUUUGGUGGUACAGGCCUUGGCCGAAUAGAAGCUUCAGUGAUAUUUGAGGCUUUAGCUACUGGCUGCACUUCAACGGCGGCUUACAUUAGUAUUCACAAUAUGUGCGCUUGGAUGAUCGAUUCGUAUGCGAAUGAGAAGAUAAAGGCUCGAUUACUUCCCAAAAUGGCGACGUUUGAAACCUUGGGAUCUUAUUGUCUGACAGAGCCGGAUGCAGGGUCGGACGCAGCAAACUUGCGCACAACCGCAAAGCGAGUCGGUGAUUAUUAUGUUAUCAAUGGUAGCAAAGCUUUCAUUUCUGGAAGUGGCAACAGUGGGAAUUAUCUAGUCAUGGUGAGGCAUGAAGGCCAACCUGGAGCAAAGGGAAUAUUCUGCAUAUUGAUUGAAGAUGGCAUGGACGGGUUUACUCUUGGCAAAAAGGAAAAAAAGCUUGGCUGGAACUCGCAUCCCGCAAGAAUUUUGAAUUUCGAAGAUUGUAAAGUGCCUGUAACAAAUCAAAUUGGACACGAUAAUCAAGGAUUUUCCAUUGCAAUGGCGGGAAUAAACGGUGGCCGAUUAAAUGUGGCAAGUUGCUCUUUGGGCGCUGCACAAAUGAGUAUGGAUCUUGCGAUAAAUCACCUAAAGAUUCGGAAGCAAUUUGGCAAGGCCCUCUCCGAAUUUCAAUGGAAUCAAUUUAAAUUGGCGGAGAUGGCUGCGAAGUUGCACUCUUCAAGAUUAAUGGUUCGUGAUGCGGCUCAUCAUUUGGAUCAAAACACCGCACACAAAGUACCGUUAUGUGCUAUGGCAAAACUUCAUGCUACCGACAAUUGCUUUGAGGUUGUGAAUCAAUGUCUCCAGUUCUUUGGUGGCUAUGGAUUUUUGAAAGAGUUUCCGUUGCAACAGUUUUUGCGUGAUUCAAGAGCUCACCAAAUCAUAGAAGGAACAAACGAGAUCAUGAGGAUGCUGGUUGCAAGAGAUCUUCUAACAAAUCAAACAUGCUCCUCGAUGAUUUCAACUACAACGAUAAACUUACCCGAAUUGGAUGUCCAUGAGGCGAUAAGUGAUUCACCAAGGUUUCGCUUACAGCUGAAAAAUCAUGAGCAUUAUUUUCAACGACUAGAAGCCAAAUUAAACGAGAUUCUCAAAAAUUUGAUGCAUAUGAACGAAUACGGGCGGAAUUAUACAUCUUCAUUAUAUAAACUUUCCGUGUCGGUUAAUCAACUGUGCCAGGAAAGUUUCUCGGACAAUGCCCUAGCUCAAUCGACUUUUGGAACUCUUUCGGAGGCAUACGGCCGAACUGUGGAUUUAACAAGGUCGUUUUACGAAAAUAGCAUUUCAGUUGUCUAUGAGAAGCUACAAAAGUUUAUAAAAAAAGAGCUUGCGGAUAUCACGAUGAUGCGUAAUAGCUUCGACAGCAUGGCAGUAAUGACUGACGAGGCAUUGACUAAAAACGCGGCGGUUUCAAAAGGCAAACCAGUUGAAGCGGCUGAUAUUCGGAAUCAUCUAAUGACGGUCGGAGCUUGUCAUGCACAUACAGCACUUGAUUUUAUGGAAAAAAUAAACCUGGCUCAUGCACAAAAGGAUCACAUUAUCAUUGAUGCACUCUGGACUUUUGUGAAGGAAACCUCCUCAUAUUUUUCCCGCGGUCAUGCAUUCUUCGAUGAAUGGACUGCUCUGGAUAAUGGAGGCAUUGCCGAUGCUGUAGAGGGAUUGGCUCGCAAGCGGGAUUAUACGAUUCGGCAAAUGCAAGACAUUCAUGGCCUUGUUCCAACGGAAAUGUAUCAACACCCGCCCGGAAUAUCUCUUGACGCCGACGUCGUGAUGGAGGGUUAUUUAUAUAAACGAAGUAGCAAUGCCUUCAAGACAUGGAAUCGAAGAUGGUUUCAAAUCAAGGAUAAUAAAUUAUUGUACGUGCAUCGAUCUGGAGACAAUGCAGAGCCGACAACGAUGGAAGAUAAUUUGAUGUUAUGCCUGGUUAGACCCGCCCCACCUUCAAUCGACCGUUUGGGCUGUUUUGAACUAGUGACUCCAACUAGGUCUCAUUUAUUGCAAGCCGACUCCGAAUCUUUGUGCAAUGUGUGGAUGCGUGCGCUUCAGCGAACCAUAUUACACCUUCACGAGUCAGACCAUAGGCCUCAAACUACAUCAACCGCUUGUUCAUUUGUGCCAACGGCAUCAAAAGACAAGGAGCCACAUGCAUCUACAGCAAAGGGACUAGAAGUACAUGAGACCCCCAAGUUAAACGAGGAGCAUGCAGAGCUAGUAUACGAGAAAGUUCGAAGUGCACCGGGAAAUCAUCGCUGUGCUGAUUGUGGACAUGCGGAUCCAAAAUGGGCCUCAAUUAACUUGGGCGUGGUGAUAUGUAUAGAAUGCUGCGGAAUCCACAGAAGUCUGGGCGUUCAAAUUUCAAAAAUACGAUCUUUGACAAUGGAUUCGAUUGACGACGUUGUUACGAAUGUUCUCGUUGCAUUAGGAAAUGAUAAAGUUAACCAGAUUUUGCUGGAAGGGUUACCAUCCAAAAAUGUCGUACCUCCACCCCGAAUGAGAGUUCCCCUCGAGCGGUACGUGAGGCGUGGAUUA